GAAGUUUCAACCCCUCCCCUCCAUUUUUUUUUGAAACCACACCAAAAAACCAUGCACACCUACAGCGACGAACAGCUCCGGCGGUACCUCGACCACAUCGGCUACCGCGGGGAUGCCCGGCAACAAGCCUCAGCAGAACCCCUGGGAUGCCUCACCCGCUUGCAACAUCGCCACAUGGCCCGCGUCCCCUUCGAGAGCCUAUCGCUGCACUAUUCGAGGCACCGGCUGCUCUCCCUCGACCCGGAGGACCUCUUCUGCAAGAUCGUGGACAAGGGCAGGGGCGGGUACUGCAUGGAGGUUAACACCUUCUUCGCUGCCAUUUUGCGCACCCUCGGCUUCACGCUCUACAGCGCCGGCGGGAGAGUCAGAGGCCCCAACGGAUACAAGGGAUGGGACCACAUGGUCAACAUUGUCACUAUCGACGGGCAGCGCUACCUCGUCGACGUCGGGUACGGCUCCAACGGGCCCCCGCACCCGAUCCCGCUGCGGCACGACCACGAGUUUAUCGGCGUGGCCCCGACCCAGGGGCGGCUGCAGUACCGCCGCCUCGAGGAGCACACUGACCCGAGCCAGCGGGUAUGGGUGUUCUCGACGCGCGAGGACGAGAACGCGGCAUGGAAGGAUCAGUACAACUUCGUCGAGAUCGAGUUCCUGCCGUGUGACUUCGAGGUGAUGAACCUGCGGACCAUGACCACGCCGCGGAGCUUCUUUGUGCAAAACGUGAUGUGCGUGUGGACGCUGCUUGGGCCCGCCGGGCCGGAAGGUGGGAAACUGGAAGACGGCGGGGAUCCGGAGACGGCGGGCCCUGUCGGGCUGCUCAUCCUGCACCGUGAUUACGUCAAGCAGCGGGUCGGCGCCGAGUCACGCAUCAUCGAGCAGCUCGAAAGCGAAGAGCAGCGGAUCGCGGCGCUCGAGAAGUACUUUGGCAUCGUCUUGAGCCCCGAGGAGCAACGGGCCAUCCGCGGACUGGCGAGCGAGCUGAGGCCCAAGGCCGGCCAUGCGUAAGGGAGGUCAUCGAGGUGUUGGCGGGUAGGGAAUGGACUUGGGGUAUAAAAAGGUGUGCUAUCCAGGUUAGCUGGCCGACACUGCGUGUAUGUACAUACACAUCAACGGAAAUCCCUGUUUAAUACCGGACGGGAUCAAAACCCCCCAUAGGAGCCCUUAUCGGGUGGGAAACUAAGUAGUCUUUGAGUGCUGACCGUAUUUGCUGCUCCG